UGGGCAGACAACAGGUCUCAACACUCAGCUGCCGUCUUUUAACAAAAACCCAAAGAUGGACGAGGUUUGGAGAUUCAAGGAGUGAAAUGUUCUGAAGGAAAAAAUCAUCCAAACAUCUCAGAGAGGAGCAGCAGUGGAGCGUCCUGGAGGAGUCUUCCAGGUCUGAGGAUGUGGAGUUACCAAGUGGAAGGAUGAAGAGUUGGAUUUGAGUACAGGAUGUUGAUCGUCGAGGCCCGUGGAGACGGCUCAGUGAAGAAGACUAGUUUUCUCGGAGAUCACAUCAAGAUGUUUGGAGCAGAAUUUUCAGAAGAACCCUGACUCCCACAUGAUCCUCGUCACAUGGACCUGAGCUACAAACCCGACGGAGGAGACGCUGCUCUCAGUCCACGGUCUUCUUCUGGAUUUAUUUGAACUAAAACCAUUCUUGGAUUAUCAGCCUGGGUUGAUGGACCGGAGCUUCAACGUUCAGAAAGGUGGUUGUUAGAAACUACUUCACCUACUUUAGGCAUUUUUUAUUCUUCUGAAUUUGGUGGUUUUGAACCAUCUUGGAGUUUAGAAAGUUCCAGACUCUCCUGUUUCUACUGGAUUAAACUCCAAGUCAAAAAGAUGUAUGGAUAAAUUCACUCUCCAGACCUCGACCUCAGGACAAUGAACUGCUCCGGCAACGUCACCGUCGCUCCACAGCUGGAGUCUGUCCUGAGCUUGGAGACAGGACCGGGUGGUGACCAGGAGAGUGGAGAUGUCGCUGCUAACAGCGGGAGACUGUGGGUGACGUCUGUGCUCGGAGCCACUCUGGUCAUGAUGUGCGUCGUCGGUUUUGUGGGAAACACGUACACGCUGGUGGUCACCCGCUCUGCAGCUUUACGUCGAACGGGCUCCAUGUACGUCUACAUCGUCAACUUGGCCCUGGCCGACCUGCUCUACCUCACCACCAUCCCCUUCGUGGUCUGCACCUACUUCGCCCAGGACUGGCUGUUUGGAGAGGCGGGCUGUCGCGUCCUCCUGAGUCUGGACCUCCUCACCAUGCACGCCAGCGUCUUUGUUCUGGUCGCCAUGAGUCUGGAACGCUAUCGUGCCGUAGCGAGGCCGUUCAGCGCGCACAGGUCCUCGUCCAGCAAGCAGAGAUGGGUGGCGGGGGUCAUCUGGGGGUCAGCUCUGGGGCUGACGCUUCCCAUGAUGGUGAUGAUCCGGAUAAUCCAGAGCAAACCCGGUACGGCAGGACUGGUCAAGAGGAUCUGCUUUCCUACCUGGACCCCGGAGGCGUUCAAGGCCUACAUCACCGUUCUGUUCUGUACCAGUGUUUUAGUGCCAGGGUUGGUCAUCGUCGGGCUGUACGUCGGGCUAGCUAAGCAUUACUGGACGGCACAGGCCAAACUGGGGAGAAGUGGCGGCAGUUCCAGAAGGAAAGGACUGAAGCAGCGAGUCAUAUCCAUGAUCUUCAGCAUCGUGGUGGUGUACUGGGCCUGUUUCCUGCCCUUCUGGGGGUGGCAGCUAGCUAAACUCUUUUCUCCUGAGUCUCUAAAAGCUCUGUCGCCGGCCGCUCACAACUACGUCAACUUCUUUGUCACGUGUCUGACGUACGGAAACAGCUGCAUUAACCCAUUUCUUUACACUCUCCUCACACGGAACUACAAAGAUUACCUGGCCCAGAAGAGUCAGUCCGCCGGGUCGAGCAGAGGAGAGCCGUGUUCUGCCGUGACUCUGCCUCUGCAGGACGUUUAGAGGAAUGACAAGUGGUGUGGAGACAGAGGUCUCACUCCUCCAGACUGAGUGAAGAUGGUUUUAUUCCUGUUGAUAAUUCCAGAAACAUCUUAUUGUAACAUGAAGCUCUGUGUGAACUGACGCGUCGACUUUAAAGUAAAUGUAGAGAAACAGAAGUUUAUUGUUCACAUCAUUAAACUGAUUAAGGCAUGAUUGUCUUUUUGGUAUUUGAAGAAAAAAGGGGGAAAAAAAUCAGUGGAGAAUUUUCUAAUUCUGCUCGACACACGUUUACAUUGUUAUGAUCACACCUAACAAAUGGAGUUCUUUCCUUGUAACUACUUGACUAUUAGCUCUCGUGAACUCCGUCGUCAUCUAUGCGGUGAAUGUCAUUCUGUCGUGCU